GCCCUCACGGCCCUCACGGCCCUCACGGCCCCGCUCCCCUCCCGGCCCCGCCUGGAGCGGUACCGCAGCGCUGUUUGUCACCUUCCGGGGGCCCCCGGGCCUUCUCGGUGCUGGCGUGGGGCCUUUUGGAGCCGUUUGCGGCACCGCCACCGCAUUCGAAGUCGAUUUAAUUAACCCUUAAGGGCCUGUAUAUUGCUUGUUUUCUAGUGGCUGCUUCCCCACAGCUGUGUUUGGUUUUAGGUGUCUGUUUCCCAGUAUCUGAGAGAAAAAUGUAAUUAAACAUUGAGCUGCCCUUAAAGUUCUGCUGGUGCUGGAAAUCCCUGUGGGAUGAGUGACAUUUGGGGCAUGAGCCAGAGUCAUCCCAUCUUUCUGGCUGCCUCUGGGUCCUGCAGAGUCCAGCUGGACUGGAGCAUGGAGCCCAUCUCCCUGCCAGAAGCAGGCAUUGCUGCAGGAAACAGCUCAUCUGUGGCACAGGAAAGAUUCCAUGUGCUGGUGGGAGUGACUGGAAGCGUGGCUGCCCUCAAGCUGCCCCUGCUGGUCGCGGAAUUGCUGAAAAUCCCUGGGCUCGAGGUGAAGGUGGUCACUACUGAGAGAGCAAAACAUUUCUACAAUGCCCAGGAGAUUCCUGUGACCCUCUAUGGUGAUGAAGAGGAGUGGCAGCUGUGGAAGGGCCGCUCGGACCCCGUCCUGCACAUUGAGCUCCGGCGCUGGGCUGACCUCAUGGUGGUGGCACCUCUGGAUGCCAACACGCUGGCAAAGGUCGCCAAUGGCAUCUGUGACAACCUGCUGACUUGUGUCAUCCGUGCGUGGGACCUGAGCAAACCCCUGCUCUUCUGCCCAGCCAUGAACACGGCCAUGUGGGAGCAUCCCAUCACAGCUCGCCAGGUGGAGCAGCUCAAGGGCUUUGGCUACACGGAGAUCCCCUGUGUGGUGAAGAAACUUGUGUGUGGAGAUGAAGCCUUAAGAGCUUCCAGCUGAGCCUGAUAUUGAAGAGAAAUGCUCACUUAGGAAGAGAGUAGAUCAAAAAGAAGGAAGGUUCUGCGGUGAGUGUUACCAGCCUGGGAUUUGGGUGUCCUGACUUUGCUCUCUGCUGGGACUGGGGGCUGUUUUCAUUGUGCCUUAGUUCCUCAGCUCUAUCGCUGGGAUUAAAUCUUGUCCAAGACAGUGAGAAAAGCCCUUUGCAGAUGUAGCUGGACACACAUUUAACAUUUGUUGUUGUUGUUGCCUGGGUUACUUUUUAGCUUCACAAACAAGCUUGGAUUUGGGGUUUUGACACCAGAGUUCUGUGAAGUGAAAGAGGGGGGUGGAGGAAGUGCUCCACAAUACAUUCAGCUUGCAGUGCUAAAAAAUAAUGGUCUCAUUUGAAUUUUAAUAGCUGCUUUAAAUUGAGGUAUUUUGACUUUUGGAAAGGGUUUUGAUACAAACCAUUUGGAUAAAUGUAUUUGCUUUUUUAUUAAAAUUUCAUUGGGCAAAUCUCUAUAAAACGUCCCCCAGUUCCAGCCACAGCCUGCACAGUACUAUGCACCUAUUUCUGUGUAACAGCCCUGGCUCCAGCAGGAUUUUAGCCACCCUGUCAGUCCAAUAAACAGUCUGUGAGAAAGACAGGCUGUUAAAAUGUCCCUUGUGGUUAAAUUCUAGGCCUGGCUUAGUUUUGGAAUCCUUAGGUGGGUGCAAUGCCUCCAUGGUUUUGUACUUUCGGAACUGAAAUCUAAGAAAUAUUUACAGUUAGGUAAGCGUAGUCAAGUAACUCAGACAUCAGUUGAAGUAUCCUGGAUGAUUAGCCUUCCACUGGGAUUCUAGACAUGAUGACAUCAAAUUUCUUCA